CUCCUAAGAAAGACGGGGAAAAUUCUCUCUCCACCGAGGAACACCAAGAAAACUCAAUCUACUUGAAGAAACUCCAAAAAUGGUGAAACCCAUUUUCUUUUAUCAUCAAUGUAUAGCGUUCCUAUUGAUCGUCUGUGCAACUUUUUCUCAUGGAAGACUACAUUCUCAACCAGAACCAAGUUAUCUGAAGUUCGUAAUAAACGCCACGGAAUUUCCAUCAGAAGAUUAUUACGAUUACAUAGUGGUCGGAGGAGGCACUGCCGGUUGCCCAUUGGCUACAUCUUUGUCAGAGUCCCAUCGAGUUCUUCUGCUUGAACGUGGUGGUGUUGCUCACGGUAAUUCCAAUUUGAUGACCCAAGAAGGAUUCCUGACCGCAUUGACAGAAGUCGAUACAUUUGAUUCUCCAGCACAAGCCUUCACAUCUGAGGAUGGUGUCCCAAACGCCAGAGGAAGAAUUCUUGGUGGGAGCAGUGCAAUCAAUGCUGGGUUUUAUAGUCGAGCAAACCCAGAUUUCUUUAGGAAAUCAGGUCUCAAUUGGGACCUAAGACUUGUGAAUCAGUCGUAUGACUGGGUUGAGAAGGCUGUUGUUUUUAGGCCUGAUCUCAGGAACUGGCAAUCUGCUAUUAGAGAUGGGUUACUGGAGGCUGGGAUUAAUCCAUAUAAUGGGUAUAGUUUAGAUCACUUGUUGGGUACAAAGAUUGGUGGCUCAACUUUUGAUGUUACAGGGAAGAGACACAGUGCAGCAGAUCUUCUCAAUUAUGCAAAUCCUGCAAAUAUCAAAGUAGUUGCAUAUGCAAGUGUUGAAAGAGUACUUUUAGCAUCUACUUCAUAUUCCAAGUCGAAAAUAACAGCAAUUGGGGUUGUUUUUCGCGAUCACAAGGGACAGUAUCACCACGCAAUGCUUCACGAAAAGGGAGAGGUGAUACUAUCUGCUGGUGCCAUUGGAAGCCCACAGUUACUUUUAUUGAGUGGCAUUGGUCCUAGACCUUACCUGUCAUCCUGGGGGAUUCCUGUAGCAUAUCAUCUUCCAAAUGUCGGGCGCUAUCUCUAUGAUAACCCUCGCAAUGGUAUCUCAUUUGUGCCUUCUAUCCCACUAGAACAUUCCCUCAUACAAGUAGUAGGCAUUACUGAUUUGGGUACUUAUCUUGAAGCAGCAUCCACUGUGAUCCCGUUUACUUCCCCAGCUCGUUCUGUCUUCAUUAGGCAAACAUCUGCACCUCUUUAUCUCACAGUAGCUACCCUUAUGGAGAAAAUCGUCGGCCCUCUUUCAAUAGGCUCACUAAGGCUAGCUUCAACAGAUGUGAGAGUGAACCCAAUUGUUAGAUUCAAUUACUUUUCUCAUCCAUUAGAUGUAGAGAGGUGUGUAAAUGGUACAAGAAAGAUUGGAGAUGUGUUGAGGAGUAGGUCUAUGGAGGAUUUUAUGUUCCGUGAAUGGUUUGGAGCUAGACGUUUCAGAUUUGUAGGACCUGCAUUGCCUGCUGAUCAAAAUGAUUUUGUGGAGAUGGCUGAUUUUUGUCGCAGAACUGUUAGCACAAUAUGGCAUUACCAUGGAGGAUGUGUUGUGGGGAAAGUGGUUGAUGGAGAUUACCAUGUGUAUGGUGUUGGAGCACUUAGAGUUGUUGAUGGCUCAGUCUUUAGUGUUUCUCCAGGGACUAAUCCUCAGGCUACUGUGAUGAUGAUGGGAAGAUAUGUUGGGCUGAAGAUGCUGAGGGACCGGAUGACGUAUAAAUGAUCAUUGUUUUCCUUUUGAGCUUGGAGAAUCCAUAGCAUUGACACUGACCUGCUGGUCUAUAUUGUACAAAUGAUUUUUUGAUGUGUAUCUCUG